AUGGGCAAAAAGGAGAAGAGAGCUCGGGAUGGUGGAGAGAAGCCCGUCAGCGAAGUCGAAGUCCCAGCAGCCAAAUUUGAUCCGGCAUUGGCAUCUCUCUUCGCGACAAGUUCAGGCCCGGUCAAGGUGACAAGCCAGCCCGCGAGGAAGGUCGAAACGGUCCAGAAAAAGCCAGCUCCGGCUUCCGACUUGCCCACUCCUGAAGACACAGAUCUCGAAGCGUCGGAUGCUGACUCAGAUGGAAGUGACAGAUCUUCGGAAGGACAGCAACCAGAGGUCGAGAAUGAACGACCACGGAAACGACGAAAGGUCAACGAUGAGGAUCUCGAGGAUGUCUACUUUCGCAAGCUCGCUCAAGAAGAGCAGCGAGAUCUUCAGCGGCAACGAGAUGAGGCCGAUGCGGAAUCUGAGAUAAGCGAUAGUCCAUCUAACGACCUUAUGGACUUGUCUGAUGACGAGGCCGACGCGAUUCCCGUCCAUGAAUCCCUGACCACAGCCAACGAGGACAAAGCGGCUGACGCCAUCAACCGCACAGUCUUUCUUUCGAACGUCUCAACUCUCGCUAUCAAGUCGAAGGCCUCCAAAAAGACACUUCUUUCUCACCUCGAGACCGCUCUUCCCGCCAGCACUAAGAUUGAGUCCAUUCGGUUCCGAUCUACAGCCUACUCGAAGGAUGCUGGCCCAAAGAAAGCCGCGUAUGCUACUAAAGCGCUAAUGGACGAGACAGCCUCUUCUACACAUGCCUACGUCGUCCUCUCAACCGUUGAAGCGGCUCAGGCCCUUGUUAAGCUCAACGGCACAAUCAUCUUGGAUCGCCAUCUCCACGUCGACCACCUUGGCUCUGCCACCACGAUCGUACACAAACGCUGUGUGUUCGUUGGCAAUCUGCCGUUUGUAGAUCAAGAGACCCUCGACACCCCAGCUGAAGACAAUCCGCGUCAACGGCCCAGAGCGAAGCAGCGAUCUGACCCUGAGGAGGGUUUAUGGCGAACGUUCGCCCGAGCUGGCACGGUCGAGAACGUCCGCAUGGUCCGCGACAAGAUGACCCGAGUAGGUAAAGGCUUCGCCUACGUGCAGUUCACCGAUGAGAAUGCGGUCGAGAAAGCACUUCUUAUGAAUGAGAAGAAGUUCCCGCCCCUGCUACCCCGAAAACUUCGGGUCAUGCGGUCAAAGAGGCCAGCUGCGAAGCCUAAAGCUCUGGAUGCGAAGAGAAAAGGUGUUCAGUUGAAUGGCAAGAGUAGUGACAGAAGGGGCAAGGCGGUACAAGACGAGCGAAAUAGAGAUGCUGGGAAGCGGAAGCAAUCUGGUGGUGGGGCGGGUGGGAGAGACAAGAGAUCGAAUCCGUUAGGCAAAAGUGUAGUCUUCGAAGGCUAUCGAGCAAGUGCGUCCAAGCCGAUGAAAGGCAAGGACACUUCGAAGCAGCAGAAGAAGCGUCCUACGAACCGGUCUGCGAGUAGAGGUGCUGCGUUCAAGGCUGGCCGUGGAAAGAAGAAACGGGACAUGAAGAAGUGA